ACGAUUUAUGUCGUCAUCAACUUACGCCACGAAAACGAAGCAUGGCUGGUACACAAAUGGCUUCAAAAGCUGAACUUUUGUCUUUAAACGGUCUUUUCGCCGUUUAUAAAAAACAAGGACCUACAUCGGCUGAUGUGUUAAACUUACUGAAAUCAAGGCUAUUGCAAGAGGCCGGUUACAAACAGGAUAACCCACGCAAGAGAAAAAAACAAACGCUGAAACUCGGCCACGGUGGGACGCUGGACCAUUCAGCUUCUGGUGUACUAGUGGUCGGUAUUGGAAAUGGUACCAAGAUGCUCGGCUCUAUGCUCAAGGGGUCAAAGAAAUACACUGCCAUCGGGGAGCUUGGAAAAGCCACAGAUACUCUGGAUGCUACUGGGAGUGUCACACAGGAGAAAGCGUUUGAUCACAUUACCCGGGAGGAAUUUGAGGAGACGCUGAAGAAGUUUACAGGUGACAUCAUGCAGGUGCCUCCACUGUAUUCGGCUCUGAAGCAGGACGGCCAGCGGCUCUCGGUCCUGCUGAAAAAGGGCCAGAAGGUGGAAGCUAAGCCUGCUCGCCCUGUCACUGUGUACAGCCUGUCUCUGCAGGACUUCACCCCCCCGCUGUUCACUCUCAAUAUUGAGUGUGGCGGAGGUUUUUAUGUCCGGAGUUUGGUCGAUGACCUUGGCAGAGAGCUGGCAUCCUGUGCUCACGUGAAGGAGCUGAUUCGGACAAAGCAGGGCCAGUUCACUCUGGAGGACCACACCCUACGGGAGGAGAAGUGGACCAUCGCGGACAUUGCUGGUACUCUCCAGGCAUGCGACGACGGCUCCAACCCGUCACCCCAGAUGGACUCCUGCGCCCGCUUGGAGCCGCAGGGUGACGGCAGGGAUCACGAGGAAGCACAGACGAAGUCCUAACAUUUGUUGCCAUGGGAAAUGCCAACAUUUCCCAGAAUAUUGGCUUUCUUCAGAGUAAGGAGACACGCUGUGGUCUGGUUCACCACAGUCUGUCAGGGUCUGCAAGGGGAACACAUUUCAGAGCCCCUCCCCCCCCCCCCCCCCCCACCAUCCUGCAGAAUCCCUGAAGCUAAAGCUGGUAUUGAUAAUGCAGCAUAUGAAUGCAGAAAGACCAUUCCAUAACAAAAGCCAAAGUAGUGCGGACAACCCCAUAUGACAGAAUCACAGUUUAAAUGAGGCAGAACUGCACUGUUGUUCAUUCUUUUUCCACUUGAAAGUUGUUGUUCUUAUUUAUGAGUUAUUAAUGGGAUUAUUAAUAUGUUGCUCCAUUCGCAAUUGUAACACUUUGUCCUUGUUUCUAAAGGCCAGUUGAUAAGUAGACAAUAUAUGAUCGCCUCAUUGUCACCAACAUUCCAAAAAGUCGCUUAAGGUAAUUACAAGACAUUUUUACAGGUUCUAUAAUAAUGUUGUCAUGACAACUGAGCCAGCCAUAGGGCCAAAGUUAAAUCCAGUUUAAGUCUUACCCAUGAGAACAACAAUAAUGGCUACCACGACAAAUCAUCCAUUGCUACCAGAUCAGAAGCCAUUGCAACCAACCAUCAAAUGUGAUGAGUGCUGGUGGAAAAGAUUGUAUAUCACCUAACUAUAAACUGGCCUUAAUGGAGCCUCCCCAGGAAGUUCUGCAUGUAUUGCAUGUCCUCUCCUGUCUUGUGUGUGAUGAGGCUAUAUUAGAUAGACGUGUCAGGCCUGUUAGAUUUGCAUCCCAUCGGAGUGUAUGAGAGCCGAUGCAGUUCCAGUACAUUUCUGUUGAAGAAGGAAUGCAAAGUUUGUUUAUCCUGCUUUUGACUUUGGUUUGGAAUAUUGAGUUUUGAUUUGUUGACAAAUAAUGACUGGCUAAGUUAGGCCUGAUGAGUCUUGUAUAUUAAAUCUGUGAACCUGGUGUGAA